GCGGCGGCGGCGGCGAGAGCCCCCCGGCCGUCGGCGCGGGCGGCGACCCGGCGGCGGCCAGCGGCGACGGCGAGGGCUUCCCCGCGCACGGCAGAUACUCGUCCCACUCGGAGAACUUCGUGGCAGCCGACCACGUGGACUACAGCAGGCAGUCCACACCGACGACGGAGGGCGAUGGCGCUCCGCAGCGAGCGGGAGACCGUGGUGACGGCCGCAAGUCCUCCGAGAGCCACCAGAGGGUCUCUUUUGCCCGAGUCUCGCAGCAAGCACGCGAGGACUCAGAGACACCGAGACCGCCUCGCGGCCAGGCAGGGUGUCCUUCUCCUUCCCCACGUCGCUGA